AUGGAAAAUUCCGGAGACACGCUGGCUGCUGGGGGGAGUGGAAAACACAUCGAACAAGAGAUUGUUCAGGAACAACCGACGUAUGCCAUUAUUCAGUCUGAGCUGGAAAGAGCAGUGAUUCAGCGAAAUCAUGCGGCAUCGCGCGUAACGCAGAUUAUCGAAACAGUGGCAAUUUUUGAAAAUGAGAUCGCCCUUCUGGAAACCAGGAGGGACAUGUUGAAGGACUGUUACAAGACGUAUAACCAAGCUAAAAGCACUCUCGAACAAUGGAUGCCGGAGGAGGCAGAAAAUCGGACGGAGGUUGAGGUUAAAUAUCUGACAGAUCUGGCGACGUUUGAUAAGCUGAUCCAGAAUAAGAGACCGGCAGCUACCAGUACUUUCAGCAGAGAUUCGGUACGUCUUCCAACAGUGGACUUGCCGACCCUCAGUGGUACUGGAGAAAAUUGGUUGGAAUUGAUCGACAAAUUCAAUUCAUUGAUCCACCGAAGAAAUUCACUGCCUACGAUACAAAAGUUCGAGUAUUUGAAACUAUCGUUAAAAGGAGCUGCGCUGGGUCUUAUCGAUUCGCUACCGACUACCGAGACCAACUACAGUAUUGCGUACGAUCUUUUGGUUGACCGAUAUAAUAAUCCAAAGUUGCUCAUCCAACAGCACACUCGCGAACUUUUUGAGCUGAAGGCGGUGGCCUUUGAAGCAGCAGUGUUAUUACGCGAAUUAUUUGACUCAGCACGGAAACAUUUAAGAUGCUUGAAAAUUUUGGAGCAACCUGUGGUUGCGUGGGACGCCAUAUUGGUACAUCUAAUGGCGAAUAAGUUGAACUCAGCAACCAGGAGGGAAUGGGAAUCAGCAGCUUCCGGAGCGAAAACACCCACUUACGAACAGUUGGAAAAAUUUGUAAAUGACAGAUGCCAAGUUCUAGACGCUAUGCCUUCAAAAGAACGGCAAGGUCUAGAGCCACCGGCAGUGAAACGUCAAAAAACGGAAAUUCGUGCGUUUACCGCAAAUCAUCGUUUCGAAAGGAUCAUCCGUUGUAUGACUGCAACAGAUUCAAUGCAAAAUCGAUCGUCGAAAAACUCAAGCUGGUUAAGCGGUUUGCUCUAUGUUUCAACUGCUUGA